AUGUCUUUUCGAAGGUGUCUCCCUAGAAAAAAAGUUCUCAGGUUUGAUAGUAAAGACAAGUUGAACCCUCGAUUCAUUGGGCCGUAUCAGGUUUUGAGGCGAGUUGGGUUAGUUGCUUAUCAGCUGGAGUUACCUCCAGAGUUGGAUCGUAUCCAUGACAUCUUUCAUGUAUCCAUGUUAAUAUGUUAUCAAUCUGAUCCUUCGCAUGUAGUUCUAGUGGAGGAGAUUGAGUUGAAGUCGAAUUUGUCUUUUGAGGAGGAGCUGAUACAGACUUUGGAUCGCUGGAACAAAGUUUUGAGAAGAAAGACCAUUCCUCUAGUUAAGUUCGAUUAUGCAACUGUCGAUGAUGGGAAGGUAGAUGUCGUCUUGGACCAAUCAGGAAGAACAAGAUCGGUGGGUGUUAUGAAAAUAGGAGAAGUGGUUGUUCUGGCUCAGGAUCCAGUUCUGACUUAUCUGGAUGAUCGAGUGGUUCUGUCUUGGAUGGUUCAUCAAUUGGUUGCUUUUUCCUAG